AUGGUCCUCGUUCUGGUCAUUGGCGACCUGCACAUUCCUCACCGAACCCAUGACUUGCCAGUGAAAUUUAGGAAGCUUCUGGUUCCAGGCAAGAUCCAGCAGAUUCUAUGCACGGGGAACGUCUGCGACAAGGAGACUUUCGAAUACCUUAAGACCGUGGCUGCGGAUGUGCAUGUCGUGAAGGGCGACUACGACGAGACACCGACUUUUCCACUAUCUGUGACAGUGGUGCACCCGCCCAUCAAGAUUGGUGUCAUUCAUGGGCACCAGUGUAUUCCUACGGGCGACUUGGACUCACUGAGCGCCAUUGCACGGCAGAUGGACGUCGAUGUACUGAUAUCCGGCCACACUCAUACUUUCCAAGCCAUUGAAUACGACGGAAAAUUCUUCGUCAAUCCAGGCUCAGCAACUGGUGCAUGGACAGGCCUUCACACUGCGGAUCCCAUACCCUCCUUCGCUCUCAUGGAUAUCCAAGGGCCUGUGGUUGUAACCUACGUGUAUCAGUUGAUUGAAGGCGAAGUCCGCGUGGAGAAAGUCGAGUACCGCAAAGAAGAUGACGUCCCGAAGGAACCGCCAAAGAGUGCUGUUCCUCCACAGAGUAUACCAACCAGUCCUUCCAUUAGCAGUGGUGGCGGUGGUUGGUAA